AUGGAGGUGACCACCAUGUCCCCAUCUCCUGCCUCACCCACUGAAGAAGAUGAUCUGUGUGAGACAGAUGUCACCAGCGUGGCCAUACACAGUGUGACCCUGCUCAUCUGCCUCUGUGGGCUGGCUGGGAAUGGGGCUGUCAUCGGCCUCCUCAGCCUGAACGGCAGGAACUAUGGCAUCCUUUACAUGGCUGUCACUGACUUCCUCUUCCUUCUCUUUGUGGUCCCCUCCGCCCUCCUCUUCCUGGUGGAGGACAUGUCCUGCACUCCUAUAUUGCCCCUGCUGUAUCUGAAUUUCCUUUUCCAGUUGUCAGUGGCCUCCCUCUACUGGGGGCUAUUCAUGUGGAUGCCCAUCAGCAAUGUGCUGUCUAUAUACAAGCUCUGCAAACUCUGCUGCCACUGCGGGCUUCCCGAGCGCCUGUGGCUGGUAGUGGGAUGUGUCCAAAACUGGGCCUUCUUUGCUCUAUUCACUGUCAUUCCCACAAUGACAUUCCUGUGCCCAUCACAUGAGCAGGAGAGAUGCCGGGUAGCUUUCAUCUCCAUGUACACCAUCAUCCUGCUCCUUUUUGUUGUACCCAUGGCCAUUUCUCACACAAUUGAUUUCAUUAAGUCCAAGCGAGGCUCCCAGCAGCAGCAGCCCAAGAGGCGCGACAUCGUUAUGGGCAUCAUUGUGCUCGUCAUAGUCCUCUUCAUCGUCUGCAAUUUCCUGCAGCAGCUCGGUUACAUCACUGUGUCCACCCAGGUUUUUUUCCUGCUCACCUGCAUGUACAGCAGCAUCAAACCCUUCAUCUACUUCUUGGUGGGCCAGUGCUGGAGGCCCUGCUCCAUGGAGUCCCUCCGGCUCUCACUCCAGAGGGUCUUUGAGGAGCCAAAAAAAAAGAAACCUGCACUCAGAAAUGAUGCCCCCAGGGACACAGGGGUCUGA